AUGUCUUUUGGUCCACCGCGAAAACCAACCGGACCGCCACGGCAGGCUCGUCUUGGUGUCGUGAAAAAAACGGUCAGUAAAACAGUGCCUUCGAGCAAUGCUCCAAAAGCACAGCAAGCCGCGAAAACGAAGCCAGCUCCUGUGGUGGCCACUAGCGCGCCAAAGAAAACUGCAACUGCAGCACCUAAGCCGAUCCCUGCUCCGAAACCUCCCACGCCGGAUCCUGUUUAUGAUUAUGAGUCGGAUUUUGAAUCCGACGAAAGUGUGCCCAGUGGGCGCAGCUCAAGUUCGGAGAGUAGCGUCGAAAACGUAGAAUCCAACGGCUCUUCUUCGGAAGGAGGCGACGAUGAGGAUGAAGGGGAGCCAGAGGCAAAUGCUGGAAGCGUGGAGGAAACUGGCGUUCCUACGAAUCCGGUGGCAAUGGUGGUGGAAACCCAAAGACGACCCGUGAACCCAAGAACCACCCGAAGUGUUGAUAUUUUGAGUAAAAUAUCACUGAACGAUAUCUCGAUGGAGCUGUACAAGUUUGAUCCCGAAGAGUACGCGGAACUGAGGACAAACUUUGGCGUCACGAGUACGGUUGUGCACGGGAAGCAUAUUCAAACCGACUGCAGCGUGGUAUCGAUCGCAUCACAAACAUCUGGAAUUGCUGUAAGGAGCCGGUCGACCUGCAUGCACGAAGGUUUUCGUUAUUCACCUAUCGAGGAAGAACAUUCGAUCGAUAGGGUGGAGGAAGAUGACGACGAUUCUAGCGUGCAGAAUUACAGCAGCUUACAAAACAUUGAGCGUAUGUUUUCUACGUUGAACGGCGCUUUGGAACGACGGUUCUCGAAGGCAACUGUUGUGCGGAAGCAAGGACCUUUAAGUAUAGCUGCAGCUCCGGAAACCACACGAAAACGCAACCAGCAAAGAAGCAUCCUUCAGCUAGUAAGGAAAGUUGCGCCAACGUUUGACGCAUUGUUGGAAUCGAGACAUUUCCGCUCGGAAAACAAUAAGAAUGCAAGUGGUGCUAAUGUUCCAGAUACCCCCAUGCAUACAAGGGAGCAGUUUUCGAACGUUGGACGUACACCUUUGCCCGAAGUGGUUCGGUCUUUUAAUGCGGGAAAAAUGUCUCCGGAGUUUGAGAUAAAAUUGAAACAUAACACCGACGUAGAGCGAUCGGAACAAGCGGAUACAUUUGUGCUUGAGUUCUGGGCACGGGGAACCUAUUCGAGACCUAUGUAUCGAUUUGGAUCAUGGUGUUCGAUCGUCUGCGUGGAUUACGAGUCUCACAAGCACAUGAUGGUCUUCGGUGGUACUAGCGAUGGCACACUACAAAUGUGGCUGGGAGAUGCUGGUCGGUGUCGUAAUGAAGUCCUGGCACCUCACCAAAUCGUUGCACCAACCGUGAAACAAAAGUACAAGCUCAGCUGCUGGGAGAUGGUAACGGUGAAAGUGCUCCCGGUGCCAGUAGUGCGAGAUAGUGCACUUGAUGCUGGAACUGCAAAUGCUUUUAAUCAGGUGUUUGGCCUGUUUUCCUCGGGCAUCAUCAUAGUGUGGGACGUGCAUGUGGAAAACCGAAGCAAUAUCAGCGAUGCUCUUAACGCAACACUUGGAACAUCGAGCGUUUUGUUAGUGCAAUCGAAGGUGAUUGAUUUGAGCAGUCGCAUUGGGAGCCGUAUGCCGUACGAUACGCUGCGUUCGUUUGAGAACCUUUUGCUGCAUGAUCACCAUCAGAUGGUACUAUCUAGCAACCACACUGUGAUUAGAUUGAGCCACUUCGUUCAAUCGGAAUACGACCCUGUUUUGCUAGUACAACCGGACGAUUCUAACUCCAUCCUGAAUCUUAAGCGGAUGGUUCAAGCAAACGAUACCCUCUUCGCGCUGUACUCGAAUAAAACCGUCCAUGUGUUAAAGCUUUGUGCAGAACUAGAUAAUGGCUACUCCUCUCGGAACCAGCUUCAUCAACACGAUGAUCAGCCUAGCCUAAUGUUGAACGUUUGCACGAACAAAUCCUGCACCAUUCAGAGCAUUGUGCACGACGAAGCCAAGCGAUAUGGCAAUUCUAGUGGCGCUGGUGAGAGUCGUGCCGAUGGUGGAUCAAUUGCAACCAAAGUAAACGACGUGGAAAAUAGGGAUGAGCAUGCUUUAGCUAAACCAAGGUUUCACCAUGGUCAGCAGAUAUUGUUUUUCGAAGCACAGCAUCCGGAGGGCAUUCUGAACGAUGUAAAAAUUGGUGAUAGGCCAACCGUAUCUUAUUGA